ACCUCUUCUCUUCUCACAAUCCACACAAAUAAAAACGACACGCUCUUCAUCCUCUUCUCUCAAAUUCCCACACUCUCUCAAUUCCAAUUCACAAACCCAAAACCAAAGCGAUGGGUUUACAAAACCAACUAAACGACGUGUCGUCGGACUCAAUCCCCUUACUCGUCUUGAUGCACAUCGCCACCUGCGUCAACUACAUCCGCACGAUGCUCCUCGCUCUCUUCCAAUCCAUCGGCCUCUCGCGUCUCCAAACCGAUCAGAUCGUCGAUGACCACUUCCUCGCCGCCGUCGGAUCAGGCCUCGCCGGAAUCCUCCUCCUCUCCGAUCAACUCUCUCUCAACAACCAACACUUCUACACUUACGAAGACGCCGCUUCAUCCGACAACCACCGCUGCGUGUUUUGCCAAUCGACCUUCGAGAACGGCGACCAUGUCCGGAAGCUUCCCUGCCGUCACGUCUUCCACCGCCACUGUCUCAACGGCUGGUUUCAUCGGUACAACUUCAAUUGUCCGUUGUGCCGGUCUUCGCUUGUCUCCGAUGAGCGCGUGGCGCUCACCGAACGCCGUGUCGGUAGCCAACUCAUCUCGUGGUUCACUCUUCGCUGAUGCGUCGUCGUUUCGUCAAAUCCCAAUUUUACCCCCUUCAUUUUUUUUACAUAGUUGCGGUUUUUCAGUAAUAGGAUAAAAUUUUCAUUUUAUCUUUUUUUUUUACAGUAUUGAGUUUUUUUUUCCUUAUAUAUAAUUGUGGUGGUACUAUUUUUGGAAAGGGUGGCUCUGCUGUUUGAGAAAACCCUUUUUUGGGAUGAUGUAAAUUUUGAACUCCUAUGUGUUUAUGAUUAAUAACCGGAGACAUUACCAAUUUUCUGCAAAA